CUAUUAAAAAUGCUGUUUUUGACCGUUUGUUGACGCAUGCAUCAGAAGAAAAUCGUCCUCAAAACGUUCACAACACAAAAUCUAUUUCAAAACGCGCUUGUUUCACUCGUUCCAGUAUUUUCAAUUUGAUUCUCCUACAUUAAAAAUAUAACAAGUGAAUAACUACAGUGAAAGUGAUUCCUACAAUGUCCGAUGACGAAGAGCUAGUUUAUGUGAAGCGGCCCAAAACGAUUCAUUAUGGUUCGCUGGAGGAUACGGAGCGAAUGCGCCAGCUGAAGGAUUCUGGAUCGGAAUUGUACCAAGGGGCAGGCAGCUCCAGCGACAUUGGGCAAAUUUUUACCUCCAGUGAGUAUUUUGACUUGGAAAAUGAAGUUUCGAAGGACAAGGCCGCGCUACUUGAAGAGUUCGAGCGAAAGAAGAAAGCCCGCCAAAUUCAUGUCAGUACGGAUGAUUCGGAGGUGAAGAAGAAUUUACGAGCGUUGAACGAACCGAUUUGUUACUUUGGAGAAGGACCGGCCGAACGGCGCAUACGUCUGAAGGAGUUGCUCGCAUCUCUGGGGGAAAGUGCUAUUCCGCAGAAAAGCACCAAGGAUGAGGACAAGAAGCAACAGGUGCACAAGGAGCAAGAAUCCACAUGGUAUCACGAAGGACCGGAAUCGCUUAGGGUUGCACGAGUUUGGUUGGCAAAUUACUCACUGCCGCGGGCCAAGAAACGUUUGGAGGAAGCUGCUGAGCAACUGCAACUUCCAAGUGCUACCAAAGCGGGUCGUAUGGUUGAAUUGCAGAAACGGAUACAAUCGCUAGCUCCUCUGUGCAGUCAGGUAGGAGAUGUGAGACCGAUCACCAAUUGUAGUUUCAACCACGACUCAAGUCUGUUAUUGACAUCCAGCUUAAGUUCCAUGUGUAAGGUAUGGUCGGUACCAGACUGUAAUCUGGUGCAAACUUUGCGCGGUCAUCAAUUCUAUGUUAGCGCUAUCGCAUUUCGAGAUGGAAUAGCAACAGACUCGAAGGGGGAGGUGGCGAUGGCAUCGGGUUGUUACGAUGGCACUGUUAAGCUGUGGUCUUUCGAUAGCGAAGAAGCCGUAGCAGACAUCAACGGGCACGUACCGCAUCGAGUGUCUCGUUUGGCGUUCCAUCCCUCUGGACGAUUCCUGGGAACGGCAUGUUAUGAUUCGUCCUGGCGGUUGUGGGAUUUGGAACAGAAGCAAGAGGUAUUGCAUCAAGAAGGACACGCCAAAGCGGUUCAUUGCAUCGCAUUUCAAGUGGACGGAAGCGUCUGCGUCACCGGAGGACUGGAUGCUUUUGGGCGUGUUUGGGAUCUUCGUACCGGACGAUGUAUCAUGUUCCUGGAAGGGCAUCUUAGUGCGAUUUACGGUGUUGACUUUUCACCGAAUGGGUAUCACAUUGCGACAGGAAGUCAGGAUAAUUCAUGCAAGAUUUGGGACCUGAGGAGACGACACCCGGUGUACACGAUUCCAGCGCACGCAAAUUUGAUAUCCGACGUCAAGUAUCAGAAAAAUGGAGGCCACUUUCUGGUGACAUCCAGUUAUGACAAUACGGCAAAGAUUUGGUCAAACAAAACGUGGCAACCACUGAAGACGCUGUCGGGGCAUGAUAGCAAGGUGAUGAGUAUCGAUAUUUCACCCAAUUCUCAGCACAUUGCCACCACUUCGUAUGAUCGUACGUUUAAACUGUGGAGUCCUGAAUAAUGUUUGAUCUAAGAUAAUACAAUUUUCUAGAAAACCAAA